CAAUUGCGCUAGUGUCGCGGAUUGUUGUGCUCGCGGAAAAGUGGGUGGCAAAAAAGUAAUUACCAGUGAUUUUUAGGGACAAUGAACGCUGCGAAGCGGAUAACUGCCUUAAUCCACAACUCACCUGCGAGGAAUCACAGCGGUAGAAUAGCUUCCUGUCUCCAUUUCAGGCGCUGUCCGGCAAGUUUGGGCGUCCGGAAGUUCAACACUACUCGGGGGCUUUCGGGGGACAUCCAGGAGAUCAACAUGAGGCCACAAGUCUACGUAACGCGGCCAGAUUACGCUGACAUUGGCCUUGAGUUGCUGCAGGAAGAAUGCGACGUGACGAUGUGGAACCGCGUCUGUCCGGUGCCGCGCGACGAGCUGCUGAAGAAUGUUUGCGGCAAGGAUGGCAUCUUCUGCGCACUCACUGAGAAAAUCGAUGUGGAGCUGCUGGACCAGGCGGGCCCCAAUCUCAAGGUCGUGGCCACAAUCUCCGUCGGCUUCGAUCACAUCGACGUGCCGGAGUGCCGCAAGCGCGGCAUUCGUGUCGGCUACACGCCGGAUGUGCUCACGGACGCCACGGCGGAGCUGACGCUGGCGCUCCUGCUGGCCACGGGCCGGCGUCUACUGGAGGCCAGCCAGGAGGUGUACAACGGCGGCUGGCAGGCGUGGGCCCCGUCCUGGAUGUGCGGCCCUGGCGUCAAGGGUGCCACCGUGGGACUCGUGGGCUUCGGCCGCAUCGGCCAAGAAGUUGCCAAGCGACUCGUGCCCUUCAAGCCGGCCAGCAUUCUCUACCACAGUCGCACGAAUCACCCGUACGAGGCUGGCCAGGUGGGCGCGGAGAAGGUGUCGCUGAACGAAUUGCUGCUGCGCAGCGACUUCGUGAUCAUCCUCUGUGCCCUGACCAACGACACUCACCACAUCAUCGACGCCGAGGCGCUGGCAAAGAUGAAGAGCACCGCCAUCCUGAUCAACACCAGCCGCGGCGGCUGUGUGGAUCAGGAGGCGCUCUGCGAGGCGCUGCAGAGCGGCCGAAUUCGCGCCGCCGGCCUCGAUGUCACCACACCUGAGCCGCUGCCACUGGACAGCCCGCUCCUGGCGCUGAAGAACGUGGUGCUGCUGCCGCACAUCGGCAGCGCCGACAUCACGACACGCCAGGAGAUGUCCAGAAUCACGGCGUGCAACAUCCUGGCGGGCCUCAAGGGCGUGAAGAUGAUAUCAGAAGUGUGAGCGUGCGUUUUGUCAAUUUAAAGCUUCUUUAUUCAUAAUGUGAGUUGUUUUUUUUUUCUUCCUCGGCUCCUUCUCGGGUGUGUGUGUGUGUGUUAAUUGCCACAAAUAUCAAGUCAGAUAUACAUUCAGCUUCUUUAUAUAGAUUUCCGUUUAAUAUCAUUACAUUUUUUAGAGAGAAAGACUUUUUUUUUCUAUUCUUGGAUAUUAAUUGAACAACACUAUCGUGUGAAUGCUGAGGAGAAGAUAAUUUCCAUCGACAAAUUAUACAGAGAAAAAUUUUUUAGUUUUAGUGGCGUCAAAAUUUGAUGAGAAAUCAAAGGUUAAACUGUUAUCUAAAACUCUAAUCUUUUGCCAAGCACUUAUUUCCUAGGAAAUCAACUUGGAAAUUAAGGGUGGAAAAAAAAACGAAUUGUCCCAAGUGUGGAAAAUGUACAUCUUUCAUCAUGAAAUUUGUAAAAAGCUCACUUCUCACCAUCUUCAAGCUUCCCCCCAUUCACUUUUUAUACCAUCAUCGUGAUCAAGUUCGGGUGAAAAAAUAAACCUCUCUCGUCACACAGCAAUAACAAGGCUCAGAAAAAGGAUCUUCAGCGGAAAUUCUCCGUCAAGAUCUGAGAAUCUGACAAAGGUGAUUUCUCCUCUUCUCUUCAGAGUUUCUCUCUCUCCUUGGAAUUGCAUCAAUUUCACCGCCAACAAGAAGAGUUUACUGACUAUUCAGCUGACAAAGAUCAUCUUCAGCAAUCCGCGGCAUUCGUGAGUGACUCCAGAGAGUCAGAAAAAUCACCAUCAAGAGCUUCUCUUCUGCAAGAAAUUCAACAAAUAUGCAGCCAAUUACGUAUUCACUUGAGAAUGAAAACUAUUUCAAUACUUUUCCCUCUUAUUUACAGCACAAACAAACUUUCGCUCUUCCUUUCUUUUCCUCCC